AUGUACACCGCUAAUCCAUGUCUGGGGAUUGUACAGGCCGAUCUCGAGUCAGUCAUACGACGAGCGGAUCCCAAAUGUCUGCACGCAUUUCUUAUCAAAGGUGAAGUGCUGGUGUCGUCGAGAGAAGAUGUCCAACCAGCAGCGAAGGAGGACGGCUGGAGGACAGAGCCAUUCACACUGUUUGAGAAAGGUUUCAACCUCUUCAACACUUCCCAGUAUGGAGUUCAUGACAAACUCUUCGGUCGCGGAGCUUCAGACGAUAAAGGACCGGUGUUAUGCUGGAUGCAUGCUAUUGAAAUGCUUCAGAAGCAUAAAAUCGACAUCCCCGUCAACGUCAAAUUCUGUUUCGAAGCAAUGGAGGAGAGCGGAUCACUGGGUUUGGAGGAGCUUCUGACGAAAAACAAGAACAAAUUCCUCGCCGGAGUAGACUUCACCUGCAUAUCGGACAGCUACUGGCUGGGGACGACAAAACCAUGUCUUACUCACGGACUGAGAGGGAUCUGUUCGUUCAAUGUGGAAGUGACUGGAAUCCAGCAAGAUCUGCAUUCAGGAGUUUUUGGAGGUGUUGUGUGA